AAAAUGGUAAUGAAAUAUCCAAAAGGCAAGGAAGAAGCCUUACACGCAUGCGCCAAUAGGGAAGAAGCAGCAUCUUCAAGUUCAAGCUAAGCUCAAUCCUCCUUCUUCUUCUUCUUCUUCGUUUUCAAUUCUGAUUCUUACCCUUUUCUUGUUUUCCUCAUUCUCCCAAUGGGUUCCAUUUCUCUGGACAUUUCUUCCACCUUUUUUACCAUCCCUUCUACUCGCUCUAACCGUAUUUCUUCCCGCUUUCCUUCUGCUUUUCUCCCAUCUCGCCCCUUCACCUUCACUCUCACUUCUUUUCAAUCAACACCUCUUCCCGCCCUCCAGUCCAAACGAACCUCCCCAAAAUUCUCUGUCUUCGCCUCCACGGCCACACCCACAUCAGAGAGCGAUGAAUCCGAUGUUUUGACCAAGAUUCCCCCCGAUGACCGGAUUCCGGCUACCAUUAUCACUGGAUUCUUGGGUUCUGGGAAGACAACAUUGCUUAACCAUAUAUUAACAGCAGACCAUGGGAAGCGAAUUGCGGUAAUUGAAAAUGAGUUUGGAGAAGUAGAUAUUGAUGGUUCUUUGGUUGCUGCAAAAACUACUGGAGCUGAGGACAUUGUUAUGUUGAAUAACGGAUGUCUUUGUUGCACUGUGAGGGGUGAUCUUGUACGGAUGAUAUCGGAGCUGGUUAAUAAGAAGAAAGGGAAAUUUGACCAUAUUGUGAUCGAGACUACAGGAUUGGCAAAUCCAUCACCAAUCAUUCAGACAUUUUAUGCUGAGGACUCGGUUUUUAAUGACGUGAAGUUGGAUGGUGUUGUCACAUUAGUUGAUGCCAAACAUGCAACAUUCCACUUGGACGAAGUUAAGCCGGAAGGAGUUGUAAAUGAGGCUGUAGAACAAAUUGCUUACGCUGAUCGAAUCAUAGUAAACAAGACUGAUCUUGUUGGCGAGCCACAAAUUGCUGAUCUGGUCCAACGGAUAAAGAAAAUAAACCGGAUGGCUCAACUGAAGAGGACAAAGUAUGGCAAGGUUGACUUGGAUUAUGUUCUUGGUAUAGGAGGCUUUGAUUUGGAGAGGAUAGAUAGCUCUGUUGAUACUGAAUCAAGGGAAGAUCAUGCUCAUAGUCACCAUGAGGAUCACGAGCAUAGCCAUGACCAUGACCAUGAUCGUGAUCAUCACCACCACGACCAUGAACAUGACCACAAGCACGACCACCAUUCACAUGAUCACACGCACGACCCUGGCGUAUCUUCAGUCAGCAUCGUCUGUGAAGGAAUCUUGGAUCUUGAGAAGGCAAACAUGUGGCUUGGUACGUUAUUGUUAGACCGUAGUGAUGACAUAUACCGGAUGAAGGGUCUCUUAUCAGUGCAGGGUAUGGAUGAGCGAUUCGUCUUUCAGGGUGUUCAUGAUAUAUUUCAAGGUUCUCCCGAUCGAUUAUGGGGUCCAGAUGAGCCGAGAAUCAACAAGAUUGUGUUUAUAGGAAAAAACUUGGAUGGAGAAGAGUUAGAGAAGGGCUUCAAAGCAUGUUUAUUGUGAUGACCUAUGUGGCUACAUAACAUGAUUUUGGAAAGAUAUUGCAGUUGAAACAUUAAUAGAGGUUUUUUUUUUUCUCUAAGAAAAUUUAAAUAUCAUUUUUUUGUUA